UUACACCGCAAACGAGAGCGAUCAUGCGAACCGGAGGAUGGAGGAGCAGACAACACGUAGCGGGUGGUCAACAGCUGCACGCUGAAGAUACCAUGCUUUAGCAUCAGCGCAGUCAGUCGGUGUGGGUGAACUUGUCGUUUUGGCCACUUUUGGUGACCAAACAGAAAAAUGGCGCCGUCGGGUUCGCGCAACGUUGACUGCUGGAGAGUUCUGUACUGGAUCCCUGUGCUGUUCAUCUGCGUGAUCGUGGCAUGGUCCUACUACGCGUAUGUAGUGCAGCUCUGCAUAGAAACUAUUGAAAACAUGGGAGAGAAAAUAGUUUACCUCCUGGCAUAUCAUGUGCUUUUCAGCAUGUUUGUGUGGUCAUACUGGCAAACCAUCUUCACAAAACCCAUGAACCCGCUCAAAGAGUUCCACCUGUCACACUCUGACAAAGAGCUAUUAGAGCAUGAAGAUCGGAGAGAAUCUCAACAGGAGAUCUUGAGAAGAAUUGCUAAGGAUUUGCCCAUUUAUACACACACAAUGUCUGGAGCUGUCCGCUACUGUGAGCACUGUCUGCUGCUGAAGCCUGAUCGAUGUCAUCAUUGCUCUGCCUGUGAUAAGUGCAUUUUAAAGAUGGAUCACCAUUGCCCGUGGGUAAACAAUUGUGUGGGCUUCUCCAACUACAAGUUUUUUAUGCUCUUUCUAGCAUAUUCUCUGUUGUAUUGCCUCUUCAUCACUGCCACAGACUUGCAGUAUUUCAUUCAGUUCUGGACUAAUGGUCUGCCUGAUACUCAAGCCAAGUUCCACAUUAUGUUCCUGUUUUUCGCCGCCUCCACGUUCUCAUUGAGCCUGGCGUUUUUGUUUGCUUAUCACUGCUGGCUUGUCUGCAAGAACAGAUCCACACUGGAGGCUUUUAGAGCACCUGCAUUCCAUUAUGGACCAGACAAGAACGGCUUCAGUUUAGGACUAAACAAGAACUUUCGCCAAGUGUUUGGAGAUGAAAAGAAAUACUGGCUUCUGCCUAUAUUUUCAAGCCUGGGUGAUGGCUGUUCUUUCCCCACUUGUCUAGUGAACCCAGACCCUGAACAGCCCUCCUCACCCCCUGGACACAACCCUUCAAUCAAAAGUGAUGGAGAAUCUCAUCAGUUUCCUCCAAAACCUCUGAGAGAGUCUCAGAGCCGGCUGAUCAGUAACACGCAGUCAGAGGGGAGUGAGGACAGAGACAAGCGAGGUACAAGCAACCCAGCCUUGACUAUUGAGAAGGAAACUUAGGAACAUGAACAUUGGACUGGUUUUAUUGGAAAGGUUUGUUCAAUCUAUCAUCUUUUUAUUUAUUUAUUUUUACUUAUUCUUCCAAUUAUAAAUUAAUACUUACCUAUCUUCUAGGUUUCUCUAGGAGUUUUGUGGUAGUGUUAUCUGUGUUAAAGAGAGGAAUCCUCUAUUCCUUUAAGGCUACACUGCUCAUUCACAGACCUCUGCUCACUCUCUACCUAAUAAAAUGUUAUGAUCUUUCAUAAGAACUAACAGCGCAGGAUUAUGGUGUGUAUAUACAUGAAGGACCACAGAGUCUCUUGUCUUCUUUGAAAAUUGUAUGGCUGAAAUAAACAAUGUGCCUAAAAGAUACCUACAGAAGUGGCUGAACAUUUGAUAACAUUACUGUGUGCCCUUACAUGACUGACAGGUUAAAAAUUUAGAAGUUUGUAUGGUAAAUGCCUUGAAUAUAGCUUGCGUGAUGUAGGCAGUGCUGAAGAAGGUGAACGUGAAGUACUUAUGCAUGCUAUGUGAUAAUGGUGGAACAUAGUGUUUUGUAAUGUUUAAAAUGUGAAAAGCAUCUCUAAAGAACAUGUAUUUUUUCAAUCACUACAUACAUACAAAUACAUUUGUAUGUCAUAAAUUUGGACGUCAUGAUCAAUAAUCGGUUUUAUUUGACCAAAGUUUCACUCAUACAAAUUGGAUUUUCCAAUAUCAGCCAUAAAAUCUGGAUCUCAUAUAUCCAGAAAUUUGCUGAAGUCAUACAAUACCAAAAUGAUUGAUGAAGCAAAUGUUAUAGGUUGUUUUCAAUGCAAAUAUGCCAAUUAAAAUUUUUUUUUUACACUAGACGUCCAAGGAUAUUCAAAUAGAAAAAAAAAUAUAUAAUAAAGUUUUUACCUGGUAAAAAAAACUUUCUGUAUGCACUUUGAACAGCGCUUGAAGGUGCACAUUUUUCCAAUUUCAUAUUGUCUGUCUUGUUUCCUAUUAAAUCAAGUAUGUUAUAGUAAUGUAUUGGUUUAACACUUACGCCCAUAUAUGGGAUACUUUAUACUUCCGCUGCAAACAAAAUAAAAAAAAAAAAAAAAUUCAUAUUGUCAGUAUAUCAGAUUUUUUUUUUUUUUUUAGCAUACUUUAUCUAAUCGUUUGUUUGCACAAUUAAUGCAAAACUCAAAGAUGUGUUUUUUUUUUAUGAUAAAGAUCACAUCUGAUUGAUCUAAGGGCUCUACUAAUGUACUAACUACAAUAUUUCUAUUUUGAUUCCAGUUAUUGCAUGUAAUGUACUUGGAUGAACUUGUACUUGAUUUUGACUGAGGUGUGAACCAAACCUCGUAUAUGGCAAAGUUGUGGUAUGUUUAGUAUUUUUUAUGGGAAUGUAUCGUGAAAGAUUUCUGGUGCUUAUUUUGUCAUUAGGCAGAAAUAAACUGUGAUACAAGAUUUCUACCCCUGGUCUCUGCAUUUGUGCACCUAGACCAGCUGAUUGUCCUGUACACAGAAGUUGCUGCUUUUGUUCUUUGAGAUUACUUUAUUUCUGCUGGCUCUUUGUUUGUAGCUUAACCUGUUUAAUGUUUUAUGACAUAUCUGUAUGAUUAGACUACUGAAUUAUAACUGGAUUAAUGUUAUUAAGCUGUGAGAGAAAUAAACAGAUAUUUUAUUAAAUGCAA